AUGGCCCGCACCCUCCCCCUCCUCCCCGUCCUCCUCCUCCUCGCGCUCUCCUCGCUCCUCUCCGUCUCGUGCCGCCCGAGCCCUCUCGCCACCUCCAAUGCAUCCCGCAAACCUGGCGGCGGGAGCCGUGGGGGGAAAUCCGGCGGGAAAUCCGGCGGGAGCCGCGGCGGAAAAUCCGGCGGGAGUAAGAAGGGCGCUUCCGCGUUGAGCUGCCCGUCGCCGUGGCCGGAGCUCGACAGCUGCCCCACCAGCGAGUCGCUCCCGCAACUCGAGGAUUCCCAAACGGAGUUCCCAGGAGCGGUGUGGGGCGCGCUGCGGCCGCACAAGGUGCCCGGGGUGCGCAACAGCCCAGCGGAUGCCACGUGGCUGAACAAGGACGAGCGCGACACGGCGGUCUACAUCGAGGAGUGCUGCUCGCUGUGCGCGCUCAACGACCAAUGCGAGUACUGGACGUUCACGCGGAGGCUCGAUUCCAUCAAAGGCACAUGUCAGCUGUUUUCCAGCCAGCAGUGCGCCCCCAGCAAGGCCUACUCCGCGCUCUCCGUCCCCGCCUCCUCUCUGUUCCUCUCUUCUCCAGCCAGCAGUGCGCCCCCAGCAAGGCGUACUCCGCGCUCUCCCGCCCCGCCUCCUCCCUGCUAUUCUUGUUCCCACACCUUCCUUUCCCCGGCCCCUCUUUCCCCCCCAUCCCCUCCAUCUCCCCCCACCCUGCCCCCACCGCCAGGCACGUGUCAGCUCUUUUCCAGCCAGCAGUGCGCCCCCAGCAAGGCCUACUCCGCGCUCUCCCGCCCCGCCUCCGCCCCCGCCUCCUCCCCCCGCACCCACCACCCCGUCUCCUCCCCCAAAGUCUCCUUCUCCUUCCGCAAGGCGCCUAAAGACGCCGCCCUUCCGACCCCGGGCAGCUCCGACGGCACGGGCGGCAAUGGCGGAGCGGGCGGUGGAACAGGCGCAGGGACGGCAGGCGGGGGACCGGAUGAUCCUCUAGCGGGGACAGGGGGAAGCGGAGGGGACAGCAGCAGCGGUGGCAACAGUGGCACUGGCACCAGCGCAAUCACGCAGUUAUACAGUGACACGUCAGCGCCUGCCACGUCAGCAGCGGCUAACGUGGCGCGGGGGAGGCUGCGUGUAAGGCGGGGGCGGCAAAUGACUGCUACUACCGGACAUGGCAACACGAUCCCACGGAGGGGGAUUAUGACAGAGGGCUGUGCACGCUGGUUGUGCACGCUGUUCCACAGCCAGGCGUGUCGCUUCAUGACAGAAGACGGCUUUCUCUCUCCCCCCGUGUUUGACCCUGCACAGACCAACACGUUUAUGUUUCCACUGCCCUGUUACUCUGCUGUGUAA